AUGACGACAGACAACGCACUGAAUUCUCAACGGGUGUUCAAAAAAUCUUCGCCAAACAACAAGCUCACCCUGUAUCUGGCUUCAAGAGAUCUAGUGGUGGAGAACGGAUGCAUCGACAAGAUUCAAGGAGUUCUCCACGUGGACCCGGAGUAUUUGGAGAAUAAAAAGUUGUUUGGACAAGUCACUCUUACGUUCAGGUAUGGCCGUGAAGAUGAAGAGGUUAUGGGCCUGAAAUUCUGCAACGAAGCCAUCAUGAGCCUUGCACAGAUCUGGCCAGUGCACUGCACCCAUGACAAGGAGCCUAACACGCCAUUGCAAGAGGCGUUAAUAAAGCGGCUAGGCUCCAACGCGUAUCCAUUCCACUUGGAGUUGACUCCGUUAGCGCCACCUAGCGUCCAGCUCGUACCAGCUAAGCAGUACCACGGAGCUCCAAUUGGUACUUCAUAUGACGUUAGAGCUUAUAUUGCUGAACGAGCCGAUGAGAAGAUUUCGCGCAGGAAUACGGUGCGCAUGGGCAUCCGCGUGCUGCAGGGCCCCGGCCGACCAAUUCUACCAGCCGUGCUGCCGCCGCACUCGCCGCAACACGCCCUCAGUGCGUUCGCGCAUCACAAUGUUAUGAGACUCAAAAACAAGGCGAAAUUGGAAUCGGACGAGAAUCGCCGCACAAAACGGGACGACAUCGAGACUGCGGAGCUGCCCCCGCCGCGGGCCGCCGUUGAGAAGCCCUUUUUAUUAUCCGAUGGCAGAGUGGAGCUUGAAGCAUGGCUGGACAAAGCGACCUACUCCCACGGAGAGUCGAUCAGCGUCAGCAUUGUUGUAGCCAACCACUCUUCCAAAACUGUUAGAAGAAUCAAGACGCUGGUAGUGCAGCACGUAGACGUGUGCAUGUUCUCCAAUGGAAAAUUCAAGAACGUCGUGGCAAUGGUGAGAGGCAACGACGUUGUCAUACCGGGCCAGACUUUUACUGACACCUACACGUUGACUCCCCAUAGAGGAGUAACAAAAAACUGGAUAGCUCUGGAGGACUCAUACUCAAAAACCGGAGCAAGUCUUGCUUCAACAGUGAUUUGCAAUACCAAUUCACCCGAAGACCGUAAUGUGUUCGCCAUUUACGUAUCUUACUACGUCAAAGUGAAAUUAACCCUUAGCGCUAUGGGUGGGGACGUGUCAUUGAAACUACCAUUUAUUUUGACACAUUCAUGCAUCAACGAAGCACCAACCGACAGUGUAAUAGAAGAAGCAACACCGAAAAUGAUUCUAGAAGGUAAAGAAAAUAGUGAGGAUGAUGAUAGCAAAGGUGAAGAUGGAGAUAAACAGAAUAAUAACAGAGAUGAAGAAAAUCAGAAAACUGCAUUUGGUGAUGACACAGAGGUGAAAUCUCCAGAUAACCAUCGCUGUAUUGCUGAUGUACUUGUCAAUGUAGAGAAUAAAAUAGAUCGACCGAAGAAGUUUGAAGGACAAACUGAAGUGCGCAAUGUGAAGCCUAACGAAGAAGAAUUGGAUCUGAUAGUGAAAUACCCAGGUUCUGAUACGUGA